CGGAGAGGAGAGGGUCGCAGCUAAACCAUGAACUUAAAUAGCCGCUGCACUUCCACCGGCUGAGGUGAGUCCGGGUUUCUCUCCACGUCCACACUUCUUCCUCUCCUUCACACUCACCUUUAUCAGCAGGUGUGUGUUUGCAGUGUUUGUGUGCGCCUGUAGUGCACCGCCAGCCAUGCCUGUCGCAUCCCAGCUGCUCAGGGGUUUGCCCCGUGCCAAGGUCUUAGCCUCCAGUCUGUUACCAUGCCAACAACACCAGUCCCAGUUUGGACCCGCCGCUCACCGACCCGCCUCGCGACACCCCUCCCACGCCUGGCAGAGACACCAGCCAUCGAGAAGCUACCGGAAAACCUCAGCGAUCCACAGCUACAUCCUCACACCUCCGCAGGUCAACUCCAUCCUCAAAGCCAACGAGUACAGCUUCAAGGUGCCAGAGUUUGAUGGUAAAAAUGUGUCUUCGGUGAUGGGAUUUGAAAGCAAUCAGCUGCCAGCAAACGCUCCAAUAGAAGAUCGCCGCAGUGCAGCUACGUGCCUGCAGACCAGAGGAAUGCUGUUGGGCGUGUUCGACGGCCACGCCGGCUGCGCCUGUGCACAGGCGCUCAGUGAGAGGUUGUUUUACUACAUCGCUGUGUCUCUGCUGCCCCACGACACUCUGUGUGAGCUGGAGGCAGCGGUGGAGGCCGGCAGGGCCCUCAGUCCCAUCCUGCAGUGGCACAAACACCCCAACGACUACUUCAGCAGGGAGGCUCAGAUGCUCUACUUCAACAGCCUGCGAACGUACUGGCAGGAGCUGAUCGAUCUGACUAGUCCAGGCGAGGUUCCAGAGACCCGCGAGGCUUUGCUGAAUGCCUUCAAGAGGCUGGACAACGACAUUUCUCUGGAGGCUCAGGUUGGAGAUCCGAAUGCCUUUCUGCACUACUGGGUUCUAAGAGUGGCCUUUUCUGGAGCAACAGCCUGCGUGGCUCACAUCGACGGACCAGACCUCUUCAUAGCCAAUGCAGGAGAUGCUCGGGCGGUGCUGGGGGUGCAGGAGGAGGACGGUUCGUUCAGCGCUCACACGCUCUCUAACGACCACAACGCCCAGAACGAGGAGGAGGUUGCUCGGAUACGAGGCGAACAUCCUACAUCGGAGAGGAAGACGGUUAUUCGUCAGGACCGGCUGCUCGGCCUCCUCAUGCCGUUCAGGGCGUUCGGUGACGUGAAGUUCAAGUGGAGCAUUGAGCUGCAGAAGCGAGUGUUGGAGUCUGGACCCGAUCAGCUCCACGAAAACGAACACACCAAGUUUAUCCCCCCCAACUACCACACGCCGCCCUACCUGACCGCAGAGCCGGAGAUCACGUACCACAAGCUGAGACCACAGGAUCGAUUCCUGGUGAUCGGCUCCGACGGCCUCUGGGAGACCCUCCACCGGCAGGAGGUGGUCCGCAUCGUCGGCGAGUAUUUAACGGGGGUGCACCAGCGUCAGCCGCUCACGGUCGGAGGCUACAGGGUCACCUUGGGACAGAUGCAGGGGCUGCUGGAGGAGAGGAAAGCUCGGGUGUCUUCGGCCUUCGAGGACCAGAACUCGGCCACCCACCUGAUGCGCCACGCGGUGGGAAACAACGAGUUCGGCACCGUGGACCACGAGAGGCUGUCGAAGAUGCUGUCGCUGCCCGAGGAGCUGGCCCGCAUGUACCGCGACGACAUCACCAUCAUCGUCACUCAGUUCAACCCUCACAUGAUCGGAGCACAGAUGCAGGAAGGGCAGUCCUGAUCCAAGCCGUUCACUGAGCAGCGCACACUUCUACAGGUCUAAGUACACUCUGUGGACACACAGGUUACCACAGCAUCUGUCCAGCACGGGGAGCUCAAUGUUUUAACACUAUAUGUGUUUAAGAGUUUCUAUGUUUGUAUGCAGUGCUACAGGUAGUCUGGUUUCCUAUCAAACUUAAAACUGCGUCUCUUAUACAGCACGUUAUUUAUGCUGCCGCCGUUGUCUGGCAGAUGUUUUCAUACACAAAUCUCUCCGACGCUGUUACAAACUGACUUCGGUGCCAAAACUUUCAACCUCCUCAGCCUCAGCAGGGUUUAAAUUGUUGAAGUUCCAAAGAGGGUGAAUGAGUAAAGAGGCCUUGACAGCACUGACUCCACCGCAUGGACUGUAACUGGCUGGUCCCAUUAUAGCAACACUCUCUCUUUCUGUACUGUCUGGUUGUGUUACUUGGACCGAUACUGGAUCUUUUUGAAAGUAAAAAAAAAAAUCUGAAAUUGGCUGAGUUAUGUUAGGCGGUUCUCCAGAGACUUUGUGCUCGUUGCGACCAAAGAACCGCCCACGUAGCACCUCUUCAGGGCCAAUUUCAGGUAGACCAAAGUAGCUCUGUGGUUGGUACUUCUGAGCGGUUCUGCGGACGUCGAAGCUGAUUGGCCUCAUCCGGUAACAGUCUUUUCCUUUUAAGCUAAGAUGGGCAAGCUUUUUAACGACACCGUUUCUAAAUUACCACCAAGGAUCAUGUACUGUAAAAGAAAGUUUUCACAUCGAACUGUCAGUCAGGCUCUACUCACUUGCAUUUAUGAUGGUUUUGUUCUCUUUCUAAAUUACUUCUGUUGUUACAAGGAGGCCUGUUGCAUCUAUUUUUUUGUUUUUUUCAGCAUGUCAUUGUAUGAUACUCUUACUGUCCAAACACAUAGUCAAUACUUCAUUCUACGAUUGCAGUACUGUCUGAAUGUUUUUACUUUGGCUCUGCUGCAGCUCACUGGAGUGAAAUGAAACAGUCAGAUUGAAGGUGUUUGCAUCCAUAUUGAGUGAACGACGUAGGAUGUGGAUGCAGAAAUGCUGAAUAAGAGCUGAAAGUUGGCAUUUUAGCAUCUGGAAGAUAAAUCUGAGGGGUCACAAGUGGAAUAUAAGGGGUUGGGAGAAAAAUAAUUCUGUUACAGGGAAUGUAUGGAGUUGACUACAUGCCAUAAUCAGACGGUUUUUCAUUUUCAAAGCCAUAAAUGUUCAGAAAUGCUGAGAUAGUGAUUGUUUUCAUCUCCAGUCCAGUGUUCUGUAGCACUGAGCAGACACCACUACAGGUAGACUGACUCACCUGGUGUUUGUGACAUUAUCACUUAGUUACUGUGCAACUUCUUCACUUUUAAAACAUAUUAAUGAAGUGAAUUAUUCUCCAUUUUCCGUACAUAAUGUACCGCUACGUGUGAAAGUCAGUGUCUGAAUUAUAUCACAGCUUCUUUUCCAAAUAUCGUAAGGUCCAGAUGCAUGUUUUUUAUUCUUUUUUUUCUUUCUGACAGGUCAUUAGCGGUGUAACUAAUCAUUUCCUACAGUUUGGGAUUUUUUAUUCACAACACUGAUCUCGAAAGCGGAUCCUGAUUCUCUCCGGUUACUCAUGAAUUACAGGGUUGUGGAUGUUUGUGUAUUUAAGCCCCAAAUGAAGGAGCAGAAUGUACAUUUGAGAGAAGCUGUUUGAAUAUUAAAUCCUAUUUAUUCAGCUUUAGCAGUACGCCACACGUCUUUACUGUCAUAUGUAUAAAUUGUAACUUAUGUGGGUUCAGUUUUGUAUAUGGAAUGGUUUAAUAAAAUGCAGAAUAUUAA